CCAGAAUCACGUCUACAAAGAUGAGACAUGUCUUGAGUGAGAGGGAUUUGUGAUGUGCUUUUUCAUCAUUGUUGUGUGAAUGCUCACCAUGGGGAAUGCCAUGAACUUGCGUUUCAAGGGCUCAACAAUAAGAGAAUUGAUUGUAUCUGCGCGGGUUUGUUUGUUGUUUGUUAGGAUUCGAGGAGUGUGGUCAUGAAUUGCUUGUGUAUCCGAUUAUGAGUCUGUCUGCUUGGUGGAUCUGACUGAUCUUUAGCCUGGUCCUGGCCCUGAGGUACCGUGCAGAUGCUGUGUGAUGGUGAAGCGACCUCUGCAGGUGUUGAAAGUCAUUGACGGUCAGCUUUCACUUUUGCAGUUUCCGUUUAACAGUUUACAGAAAUGUGGGUCUCGCACGCUUGGCAAUGUGGAGGAAUAAUUGUGGAUGUUGAGUAUUAUUUUGGGGUGGUGAAAGGACAUGGAUUCACAUUCUUUGGCACAACACCGGGAGGCCUCCUCUCUACUUUCGGUGCAUGAGUAGAACGAAGCACCGCUACAUGCCCAACAGUGGAUUUCGGAGGUGUAAACUUGUACGGGACAUCGGUAUGUGUGUAAGCACAUGUGGGGACGUGCACAUUGAGAACCGAGCACUUCAUGUUGCAGCAUGCUGUUAUUGGUGAUCUGAGUAUGGUAUUGAGUUCAUUGGGAGAGUGGUAUUGAGUUCUGGAAGUUCAUGCUGUGUUGUGAUUGAUUCUGCUUUCAAGGUGCAGUUGGGUUCAGGGUUUUUCAGGAUUUUGGGGGUGCAGGUGGACUGUAGGGAACGAUGCGUGGUCUAAGGCGGGUAAAGUAUACGCGACCAUCGACGAGGAAUGAAGACGUGAGAGCCAUUUGCGGGGCGUGGGCGCCUCGCGUUGGGAGUGUGACAGACUCCCCAUCUGCUUUUGUUCUCUUCGGUUCGGAGGACGAAGACGAGGGAAACGCAGUCACUGUUCGGGAUUUUGAUUUCGAUACUGAAACACUUUCGGACAUCAUCCAUGCGAUCUCUAUCGAGGAUGGUCGUCCCUUACGACUAGUAGUACACCCCAGUGGAGAUGGGGUUAUCUGUUCAUUUGCAAAUAGUUGUAAGUUCUUUGAAAUAAAUUCCAAGGGUUCGUGGAAACUCAAAGCGUCUGAGCGCGAACUUCCUCUUCUACAAGGGCUUGGAGUUCAAAACUGCAUAUGUUUUAGUGGAGAUGGCUCCUUGUUAGCCACUGGUGGUAAGGAUGGUCACCUUCGAGUUUUUGCUUGGCCCACUUGCCAAGUCGUACUGGAUGAACCCCAGGCCCAUCGUUCAAUCCAAGAUAUUGAUAUUAGCUUGGAUGCAGCGUACUUGGCAUCCACCGCUGAGGAUGGCGCAUGUCGUGUUUGGGACAUUGUAAAAGGAGUAUCCGUGACCCAAUUGCAACGGGAAACGGAUGAAAAAUUCGGUUACUGCAGAUUUUCACGUGAUGGAACACAAGCUUUCUUAUUCGUUUCAAUUACGAAGGGUAGUAGCAGUGGUUAUAUUGGAGUUUGGAAUAUGAUGGAUUGGAGCAAACUCGGCUUAAAAAAGUUAGCCGACGUCCCCAUUUCAUCUCUGUCUGUUUCUCGAGAUGGAAAAUCCCUGGGCUUGGGAUCUAUUGAAGGUGAUGUAGCUGUAAUACUAGUGAGGAGAAUGGAAACAACUCAGCUUAUUGAAAAUGCCCACAGCUCUGCUGUCACGGUUUUGGAGUUUUCUAAACAUGGAAGGUCAAUAUUAUCAUUGGGAGCAGAUACAACUGUUCGGGUUAGCCGGUUGGAGAAUUCCGAAUGGAAAGAAUGGCAAUUGUAUUUGGUGCUCGUGGGAAUGAUCUUGCUAUCAGGGCUGUUAUUCUUGCUGUUCUUUAAAUCAUCACUCUCAGAUGAUUUUUGGCAGCUUCCAAUGGGCCGAAUUCAACCUGCUCAAACUCCUGAGCCAGAAUGGUGUCCACCAAGCAAUCUAGAUGAUACAUGUGGCUUGUAGAGAAGCGUUGGGUGUUCAUUUGAAGAGGUUUCUUUUAAAAAGUAGACCAGUAGUCUAGUGGCAGUGCUCUGCAUCGUUUCAAGGCAUGUUUCUGUUCGUCUUUAGUGUCAAGAAAAAGAGUGAUUGUGUAUAGUUAAAUUGCCAAAAUUGUCAAACUCCCUUGGUUCAUUGGGAGACACUUACCUUUUGAGUUUACUUAUUGUGCUAUACUUAGCAUUGUGUAGAGUUUUGCAUAGGUUUUAAUAGCAUCAAGAUUGUAUAACGUAUUAAGGAUGUUAUGCAAAGACAAUAUUUAGGGAAGAUCUAAGAUGAAAGUAUUUUAUUUUGAAAACAUUUUAUCAAGUGUUUUUGUGGUA